AACAGCCAAUGUGUCACUGCUAAAUACUGAUACAUUGUAUUUGUUUUGUGUGGGAGAUCAUUUUAAAUGGUUCAAGAUAAAGCAUCGCUAGUCAAAGUCAACAGUAGACCUACAAUUUAUACCAAGAACCUCACUUCACGUGUUUUGUAAUGGAUGGCUAUUCGUACAAAGCAUUACUAGCCUAUUUACCUGUCAAUCAACUUCAAUCACAGACAUCUGUGGCAUCCUGUAGGCCCAACAACAAAUGCAUUGCGGUAACGUGACUGUCAAUUUCCUGAAGCUAGUGAUCAAAUUGGGGGAAAUAACUUGUCAUCUCUCUCAAGACCGACUCAGUGAGAAAACCAAGGGUGAGUCUGCAUGUUGGCCCUGAUCGCCUUGGAGCCAUUUACAGACCAGGCAGCCAAGGGACCAUGGAAGAUCCGGACACCCAGGAGGGCCUGCAGGUGACCCAGUCCACUAUCCUCUACCUCAUCCAAGAAGCUUCCAAGCUAGCAACUCCCACCCCUGUCCACAACCGCUCUGUAGACUCAAAGCCUAAGACUUUACCUGUAUCAAAUGAAAGGUCUAAAAAGAAUCAAGUGUCUGAUCAUAGACCUUCUCCUCCUCAGCACAGUUCCUCUCUCAUGAGACUUCAUAACCAGCCAAAAGAUGACUUAGAACAAUGUAGGAGACAUACGAACUCAGUCCUGCCCAGCCGUCAUAGUAGCAGCAGUCCGUGGGAGUUGAUGAGCCUGAUCAACAUGCAGUGUGAGAGACUCCUCCAGUCAGAUGACCAAGAGGGAACCUCAUCUAGGGCUCAGUUGGUUCCUAUAGACUCUGACGAUCAUCCUCCUGAAGGUGUGGGGUACAGUAAGAACACUGUCGCUGUCUGCCCCACUCUAGUCAGUACCAGAGGGGAUUCUCCCCAUCCGCAUGUCGGGUCCAGGGGAGAGAUGGGGGAGUUGGGUGGAGGUGGUUAUUGCUCACCCAUAUGUCCAGGUACCAGUUCUCAGACAUCACCGGAUGUCAAUGGCAGCGACAAAACUAAACCUGGUGUGGGAGCUUCAGACUCUGAGGUUGUAACGAACAAAGAAACAGGAGCCACAUUUUGUCUUAACGGUGAUGGAUUGUCUGUGAGUGAAGAAAGCAGAAGGGUCCCCUGUGCCUUAGUCCAAGAUGACAACACAGUGAAGGAGGUCCGUCCUGAGGCAAAAGACGGGCUGUCAGUUAAACAUCCGUCUGUGUCAUAUAUAAACCUGUUUGGGCAAACGCUUGUCCACAAAGUAGCUACAAUUAUGGAUGCAGCAAGUCUGUCGUCUCCCUCCGUAGACACCAUGACAUGCUUACAUCCAGGCCCAGAAGAGCUGAACCUUAACAUGACCCUGGACUUCAACUCAAACAUAUGUUUUACCUUUGACCCCAAGGAAGACAUGCCACCAGCCCCAAACUCCUCUUAUAAUACUAUGUUGCUCAUAUUGAACAGUGAAGCAGGGUCUGUGAAUGUGAACGAAAAGUCAGUACAAGAUGGCAGUUUUGCAGGCGUCAAAGCAGAGCUCAACGAAAGCUCCAUGGAAGAGAACACAGACACAGUACAAGAUGCCAGUAUUAUUGCAGACUCUCCGUUGGACCUCACCCAAAGGUGCAGGGACUUGGAGGAUGACAUGGGCACUAUCCCCGCAGCCCCCCAGUCUCCCUCUCUGUCUGACCCCAUGUGGAGGUCCACCAAGGCCCCUAGGAAGCAGCUCCGUCCCAGCCGGAGUGUGGAUGUUGGAGACCCAGACUUCCAGGGAGUGACGUUCCGGAUGCAGACGGAGCUGGACGACAGCAGGGAGCAGUGUCGCCUUCUCAUCACCUCCAAGAAGUACAGUGAAGAGCUCUCUAGUGGUCCGACCAGGAGGUCACUGAGAGCAGGCAGGUCCCGUUCAUCCCAGAGUUCCAUGAGGACCAGCAGCUCUGAAGAGAGCGACCCCUCCUCCAAGAAUAAGAUCUGUGCCUCUUGCUGCACCAUGAAGACUCCUCUGUGGCGAGAUGCUGAGGAUGGUACCCCGCUGUGUAACGCCUGUGGAAUAAGGUAUAAGAAGUACAAGGUACGCUGUCUGCAGUGUUGGCACAUCCCUAGGAAGGAGGGCAACUCCAACUCGCGCUGCUUCAAAUGUGGAAACUUAUCACGGCUGGCUACGUCCCACCGCAAGCACUCUGCCUUGUAGGGGAAGGGAACACAUUUAGGCCUUGGCAUGAGGUCCUAGACACUGAUACCACAAACAGUCCCCCUCCAGGUACAUGGUAAUUGGCCACACCUCCUGACUUUGACUCGUGGAGUUAUUUGAUCAUUUAUUGCAUCACAUACUGUCAUAGUGUGUCACGGUGUUGGCUGAGCCAUGGUGAGUCAGUCUGACGGGUCUGGCUGCUUUUAGCACUGUAGCGUGCGCUUGUCACUUUAGGAAGAAAGAGUUCAAAUGAAGAACAGUCUCCUGCUUGGAGGCUGUGUCUGACAAUAGACUGUCUGUCUGAAAUGACCCUGACCAAAGUAGUGCACUAUACAGGGAAUUUGGAGUCUCUGGCCAAAGGUAGUGCACUUUUGGGACUAAGGACCCAUGGCUCUGGCCAAAGACGGUGCCCUGCUUUACUGGGAAUAGGUAGCCAUUUUGGACUGUUUACUCUCCUUGUUUACUAGGCUUGACAUUGGUGCUAUCCAGUUUGUAUGUUACAUUAAGUUCAAUUAAUUUGAGUGAUAUAUUAUCUGUUCUUGUUUAGUUUAUUAUUAUUUUUUUCUAUUUGGUUGUUUCUGGACUGCCCUUAGCAUUAACUGGCUGGAUUAGAGAUGAAGCAAUUCCUUAUCUUGACUGUUUCCUGUAAACAAAUCAAAAUAAACGUUUGUGUUAGUGUGUACUACA